AUGGACCGGGCCCCGGCGCCGGGAUCGGGGCCCCCCGGCCUCCACCAGCCCCUUUACUGCCCACGGGGAUUUCCCUCUGGGUGCUGUCCCCUGGCACUUGGGGGUGAGACUACAGCCUCCUAUCCACGUGUCCUAGUCCCUAUACUGCCUGAGGGGGCAGGGAUUUUCCUUUGGGUGCUGCUGCUCUCUGGUAGCUGGGGGCGGCCCCGCAGCCCGCAUCCAUGUGUCCGGGCACCCGUACUACCCGCGAAGGGCGUGAUUCUCCAAACGCUGACCCCCGUCUCUCUGCAGAAGUACCCCCCCUGCCAGAGGGGCUCCGGCUUCGUGCCCAGCGUGGACGCAGUGACCUCCAGCCAGGCCCUGCAGUGGCUGGUGCAGCCCCGGCUGCUGCUGCCGCCGCCGCCCGCGGGCGCUCCCUGCGGCCUGCCCGGCCCCUCCCUGCCCCCCUACCCCCGCCCCGGCAUCAUCCGGGGCCCUGCGCCCGGCCCCCCCUGCCGGCCCAGCCAGCAGCUGAACCCCGAGGACGAGGAGCGGCGCCGGCUGCGGCGGGAGAGGAACAAGUUGGCGGCCGCCAAGUGCCGGAACCGGCGCAAGGAGCUCACAGAGUCGCUGCAGCAGGAGACGGCACGGCUGGAAGCGGAGCGCGCGGCGCUGACGCGGGCCGUGGCGGAGCUGCGGCGGGACAAGGAGCGACUGGAGCUGGCGCUGGCAGCUCACGGGCCCGUCUGCACCGCGCCCGCCCCGCUCGGCCCCGCCCCCCGGCCCGCCCCGGGGUCGAGGCCCCGCCCCCCGCCGCUGGCCCCGCCCUCCGCCCCGUUGGAGCCCGAAGCGCUGCACACGCCCACGCUCAUGGCCACGCCCUCGCUGACGCCCUUCACGCCCAGCCUCAUCUUCAGCUACCCCGCCCCCGGGGAGGUGGAGCCAGCCGCGGGCCCCGCCCCCGGGCAGGCGGAGCCAGCCGUGGGCCCCGCCCCCGAGCCCUGUAGCUCCGCCCACCGCCGCGGGAGCAGCAGCAGCAGCGGCCAAUCUUCGAGCUCCCUCAACUCCCCCACCCUCCUGGCCCUUUGAGGCCACGCCCCGUGCGGGCCUGGCCCCGCCCAUACUGCAUCUGAAGCCACACCUCUCGGGUCUGGCCCCGCCCAGUGGCGGGGUAGCGUUAUCUCCGCCCACUCCGGCCCUGGGGCCACUCCGCUCUGAGAUCGCUCUCCUCUGGGCCUGGGGCAGGUCCCCUUGGGAGCUAGCCCCGCCCACUCCGCACUUGGCCUCGCCCUCUGACGCGGAACCUGCUGGGCGGUUCCCAGGCCCCUAGAACGCAGUGUCUUAAAGGGCCAGGCCCGGCCCCGCUGCUCUAGAACCCAGCACGUGAUUCCCGGGCUUGGGUCCAGCUCCCAGCUCAUCUCGAGCCACCGUCCUGCGGCACUGGGGCGAGUGCUCUGGACUGCUGUAGAGCCCCCCCGCCCCCCCCAAUCCUCUCCAGCCCCUGUCCUGUGGUGGGGCUGGCUCCAAAUCCCAUCUCCUGGCUGGGCUAGUCUAGAAACUUCCCCAGGCCCCUCCUCAGGACACCCCCCCUCCCCCGCUUGGUCUAGAGCUGUCCACGGGCAGGCCUAGGACUCUGGCUCUGCUGCUGUGGUCUUCGCGGCUCUAGAUCCCGGGAGCAUGGGAGUGCCGCUCUAGAUCCCCGAGCCAAGGCUCCUCCUCUGCCCCCUGCCCCCCACAUGUUCUUGACCCACCCGACUCCAGGACCCCCGUCCAAGCUGGGACCCGCGGCUGCUUUCUGCACUGCUCUAGAACUCCUCAUUCCACGUCUCCCUCCUGUUCCCGAGGACCCCUCCCCCCGGGACCUAGAACCCAGGUGCUCUAGAAACCACCCCACCCCCCCAUGCUCCAAGGCCCCCUUCCAGCCCCGGACCCCUCCCCACUUUGGGAGCUAGAUCUGCUGGGUGCUCUAGACCCCAACACGCUGCUGCAGAGCCCCCUCCCCCUCCUGCCCCUUGUUACCUAGAUCCCCCCCAGGGCAGGAGGCAGGGUCGACCCCUCCACCUAUUUAUUGUGACACCAUAUUUUUGUAUUGACGGUGCCCAGAGCAAUGAACUCAAUGCACGGA